AUGAAGUGUUUGUAUGUGAUAUUUAUGUUACUCAUACUUACUAAUGGAAGUGUUUGCUCAGGAGAUGAAGUUAAUCAUGAUCAUAAAAGUAUUUUGGAAAGAGUUGAAGAACAAACAUACGAAGGUGUGGAAAAAGUAAAGGAGACUGCUAAGGGAGUAAAUAGUAAGCUUAAGGAUGUUUAUGAAAAAACAAAGGGGGCUGACCUUGAUACACCCAAGAGGGUGCUGGAGGAUAUUGAAAGAAAUGUUUCCACAGGUUUAGGGUCGGCAAAGGAGUUUGUGCAAAGAGUUACAAAGGGUGGCAUGCAGAACACAGAGGAAGGGGUGAAGGGGAAACACGGUUAUUCCAAGGACUGGAAGGCUUCUAUACUAGGAGUGCUUCAUUUGCUUGGAUUAUCAAUGGCUUUCGGAAUGUCAAUGUGGAUGAGGUUUGUUUCAUGUUAUAUUCUGGGAGAUGUUUUGCCAAGAAAACAAUUUGCAUUGGUGGAGACCAAGAUGUAUCCUGUUUACUUUAGGAUACAGGCUUGCUGUAUUGGAAUUGUAUUCACGGCACAUAUCUUGAGCCAUGGGCCUAGAGUUUUCUCAAACUUUUUGGAGGUGCUUCAUGCUCUCAACAUAACUGUAGCCCUCUUGAUGUCCAUAGGCAAGAUACUUUACUUGGAGCCUCUUGCUACAAGGAUAAAGUCUAGGAGACAAAAGUUGGAAAAGGAUGCAGGGAGAGGAAGAGUUACAACUCGUCCAAGCUCAGGAAUAGCCGACGAUGCUGGUGAUCCAGUGACUGCUACAACAGAGAGGCAGGAAGAAGCUGAAGGUGAAAGAGAGACCUGUAUGUUGAGUGACAAGUUAAAGACCCUGAACAAGAUCUCCUCACACCUUAAUAUAAUGACAAUAAUAUCACUCGCGGUGCAUCUUGUGUAUGUCGGCCAGAAGAUCAAUGUGAUCUGUGUCUAGUUAACUAUCUUGCUGUUCAUCUAUGGGGGCAGGCCAAGAAGGUUUGCAAGUACAUAUCCUGUUUUGUUGUCUUCGGGUCGGAUAUGUACGGUUGUGUAUUGCAAAUAACUAACUACUACUAGCAUGAAGUUUGAGUACAAACUUCAAGUAUGUUAGAGAUGUAUGAAUAAAGUGUGUGUAAUCUUGCAUAUUUCGAGUACUAGGUAUGAGGUUUGAGUAAUGUUCUCUACCCUAGAAGUUUGUUGUACUGUAAUGUGAUGUUUAAAUGACAAUGUGGUUGUAAUUAUGUGUGAAAUUGUGGCUUCCAGUU